GGCACCUCUCUUUUUGGAAUCUAUUGCUGACACCGCGUGGUGUUUUUGCUGCUGAUUCCCAUUUAUUUUCCUUUUAUUUGCGUGGAAAAUAAAUAGAAUUCUACAAAAAUGAGUUUGUACAACUUUAAGAAGAUUAUGGUGGUUCCGCCAGCAAAGGACUUCAUCGACAUUAUGCUGUCGAAGACACAGCGCAAGACACCAACAGUCGUCCACAAGGGCUACAAAAUCUCGCGAAUUCGUGCAUUUUACACACGCAAAGUGAAGUACACUCAACAGAACUUCCACGAUCGUCUCUCGCAGAUUAUACAGGAUUUCCCCAAGCUGGACGAUGUGCAUCCGUUCUAUGCCGAUUUAAUGAACGUCCUCUACGACAAGGAUCAUUACAAACUGGCCCUGGGUCAACUUAACACAGCCAGACAUUUGGUGGACAAUGUUGCCAAGGACUAUGUGCGUUUGCUGAAGUACGGAGAUUCUCUGUAUCGCUGCAAACAGUUGAAAAAGGCCGCCUUGGGUCGCAUGGCCACAAUCAUGAAGCGUCAGGCCUCGAAUUUGACAUAUUUGGAGCAGGUGCGUCAGCACUUGUCUCGUCUGCCAACCAUUGAUCCCUACUCGCGCACCAUUAUCAUCUGCGGCUUUCCCAAUGUGGGCAAAUCGUCGUUCAUUAACAAGAUCACACGUGCCGAUGUUGAGGUGCAACCAUAUGCGUUCACCACCAAAUCCCUGUAUGUGGGACACACAGACUACAAAUAUCUGCGCUGGCAGGUGAUUGACACACCCGGUAUCCUGGAUCAUCCGCUCGAAGAGCGCAAUGUCAUUGAAAUGCAGGCUAUUACAGCUCUGGCUCAUUUGCGUGCCUGUGUUCUGUAUUUCAUGGACAUUUCGGAGCAAUGCGGUCAUUCGUUGGAAGAGCAGGUGAAACUGUUCGAGAGCAUUAAACCCUUGUUCACCAACAAGCCAUUGAUACUGGCCAUCAACAAAAUUGACAUAUUAACCUUGGAGGAUAUGGCGCCAGAGCGUCAAGCUAUCAUCACCAAGCUGCAGGAGGACAAACAGGUCCCCGUGAUGUUCAUGUCAACGGUACAGGAAACCGGUGUUAUGGAAGUGAAAACAGAGGCCUGCGAACGUUUGCUAUCGUAUCGCGUGGAUCAAAAGAUGCGUACCAAGAAGGUGGACAACAUUCUCAAUCGUCUGCAUGUGGCAAUGCCAGCGCCACGUGAUGAGAAGGUCCGAGCACCGUGUAUUCCACCACAGGCGCUGGAGCGUCUCGAACAGAAUGCAGCCAAGGCUGAGCGUAAGCGCAAGCUGGAGAAGGAGAUCGAGGAGGAAAUGGGUGAUGAUUACAUUCUUGAUCUGAAGAAGAACUACGAAGAAAUACCCGAGGAGGAGCGUUACGAUGUGAUACCAGAGUUCUGGGAGGGUCGCAACAUUGCCGACUACAUCGAUGCCGAUAUCUUCGAGAAGCUGGAAGAACUGGAGCGUGAAGAGGGUCUGCGUGAGGCCGGCGGUGUUUACACAGUGCCUGAUAUGACCAUGGAUGAGACGCUUAAGGAGAUUCGUGAAAUGGCGAAACAGAUACGCGGCAAGCGCUUUGAACUGCGCGACGAGAAGCGUCUGUCCUCCAGAAAGAACAAGCCCAUCAUUCCCCGUCAUAAGCAGCCCAAGGUGCGUGAUCGUUCCGUCAACAAAUUGGUGGAGACUAUGGAGGGUCUUGGCGUCGAUAUGUCUGGCAACGAGAAUGCCAACUUCACCAAAUCGGUGGUCGAUCUUCGCAGAGGAACUGUUGCCGUUGGCAGCAAGAUAACACCGAAGGCCCCGCUGCUGGACAAAGAAUCUUCAGCUGUGGUCAAGAAGACCGGCAAGCCACUGAAACGUGCUCCAGCUCGCGACACCCUCGGCAUCAAGGAUGUGGCAAUCAGAAAGAAGGCGCAGAUUAUGGCCAAGCGCGACAUUGCGAAGAAGGUCACCCGACUGGGUCUCAAGGGCGAGGCAGAUCGCUUCAUUGGUACGAAGAUGCCGCGGCAUUUGUAUUCCGGCAAGCGUGGCACGGGCAAGACCGAUCGCCGUUAAGUGCCUUAGCUUUACGAAUAGUUCUAUUUCACCAUAUAUGCUGUAUAAAUGUAUCGCGUUUCCUAAAAUACCUUCACAAAAUCAAAUACAAGUUGUAUUUAACAAACUCAAA